AUGCCAAAUGUGCGGCAAAUGCGGCAAGGAGACAGCGCUUGGACGCAGCCAUCGACUCCGCGUCGGCGGCGUAAUCUUUCCGUCUCGCCGAGCGACGCCUCCGCCCGAGCGAUGCGCCAGUGCAUUCUCCACUCACAAGCUUCAGUGGCUAUCGAUCAGCCCAUCGAGUACUUCGAUCCUGGCCGUGCUGAGGAGGAGGUCAUGGCGCCUGAGGACUUCAGACUUGGAGGGCCUCGCGAAUGCCUCUACACGUCCUACCUUCGACGUCGACUGCGCGAGACAAGACCAUGUAGUCUAGACGAUGGUACAAUGGACGACCAGCAUCGCAAAAAUACUGCCGCAAUACCGAGAAGAAAACUCAUCGGGACCAGAGCGAUAUCAUUUGAUAAUCCAUACUUUGACGUACCUCAAGGUAGGAUCUAG